UCUCAUUUCAUUUCUGAUCACAUCUGUGGAGCAAAGCAGAGCAGCUGGAUCGCUUCUUGGACUCUCCUACUGUUCUCAGUUUGUGAUCCCAUUGUAAGAUGACCCACCAGUUUCCGACCCUCACCACGGAGCAGAAGAGGGAGCUGCAUGAGAUCGCUCUGCGCAUCGUUGCUCCUGGAAAAGGCAUUCUAGCAGCUGACGAAUCAGUUGGAAGCUUGGGAAAGCGCCUGAAUCAGAUAGGAGUGGAGAACACUGAAGAGAACCGUCGCCUUUAUCGCCAGGUGCUCUUCAGCGCAGACGAACGCAUUGACAACUGCAUUGGCGGAGUCAUUUUUUUUCAUGAAACCCUCUACCAGACAUCCGAUGAUGGCGUUCCUUUUGUUAAAAUGAUUAAAGACAAAGGGAUCACUAUUGGCAUCAAGGUUGACAAGGGAGUUGUUCCACUGCCAGGUACUAAUGGAGAAACUACUACACAAGGGCUGGAUGGUCUAUCAGAGAGAUGUGCUCAGUACAAGAAAGAUGGAGCAGAUUUUGCCAAGUGGCGCUGUGUGAUGAAGAUCAGUGACACAGCCCCGUCUCAGCUGUGCAUUACAGAAAACGCAAACGUCCUUGCACGCUAUGCUACCAUCUGCCAGCAGCAUGGGAUUGUUCCCAUUGUAGAACCUGAGAUCCUACCUGAUGGAGAUCAUGACCUCAAGCGCUGCCAGUUUGUUACAGAGAGGGUUUUAGCAGCAGUGUACAAGGCCAUGUUUGAUCAUCAUGUGUAUCUGGAGGGCACCCUGCUUAAGCCCAACAUGGUGACCCCUGGACAUGGCUGCCCCACCAAAUACAGUGCCGAGGAGGUUGCCAUGGCGACCGUCACUGCCCUACGCCGCACUGUGCCUCCUGCAGUCACUGGAAUAACAUUUCUUUCCGGAGGCCAGAAUGAAGAAGAGGCCUCUGUCCACUUAAAUGCCAUCAAUAACUGCCCAUUGGUAAAGCCCUGGGCACUGACCUUUUCUUUUGGUCGAGCGCUACAAGCCUCAGCACUCAAGACCUGGCGUGGUCAGAAAGAAAACCAGAGUGCUGCCACUGAGGAGUUUAUCAAACGUGCCGAGAUCAACAGUCUGGCAUCCCAGGGGAAGUAUACUGGUGGAGGGGACAGCAGUGGAGCUACCGGACUUUCCCAUUAUCUGUCUACCUAUGCAUACUAAAAUGCUACCUUUACCAACUGUCUGUUAUUAUUCAGAAUCUUCUGCAAUACAGCCAUUUUGCAAUCUACUGUUGUAGAAACCACUGUACUCUGAUACUCAUACACAACUUCAAUGUGCAUUUUGUGUUCAGUACAUAGCUGUCUGAAUUGAAUCAGUAUUAGAGCUUUUGAAAUGAAUUUAAGGACUCAAACACUGUUUAGAAAACCUUAUAAAUGAUUAUCAAUACCAUAAAUGUGAUCUAGUGAGCCUGUCAGUCGAUCAACACAUUUUGUAUUUCUCCUUAAAACUUGUGUUAUGCCGUGCUUAAUAAAAAACAUGAUUUAAAUGUCUCUUUGUAAUAAAUAGGAAUGAGCUUAUUCACAUGUAGUUCCUCUGAGCUAUGGGCUUUUGGUGAAUGUGGUGGUAUUCUAUGUGACCAAAUAAAUACUG